CGACCGACCUCAAAAGGCAGCCUCAGCGGCGCAACUGUUAAAGGUACCUACCUAGCCACUCAAACGGGUACAUUUCAGCAUUUCCGACACGUUGAGUAAUUCUAGGUACCUAUCCAUGCUAUAACUUCUGUUUGGUCAUUUAAGCCACAACUGCCGCUCCAACCUGAACAAACUGCGACAUCAAUCGUCGUUGACGAGACAGCCGUGGUCACCUCUCCGAUGCCGCCCAGGAUCUUCAACGAUGUGCAUUUCCAACACUGGGAACCCCCGGUGCUCGGGGAUACAACAUGGGGUCUAUUUCCCCGUCUCCCCCCCGAGCUGCGCCUGCACGUCUGGCUGGUUUACCUCCGGCGGUACCGCAUGAUCGAGCUCAACAUCUGUCGCGCCGCCGACGAGGAUGCCACGACGUAUCCCGGCAAUGGUUUCCAUUCCCGAUACUACACAAACCGUAACGCCUAUGGCAACAUUGUCAGCGGUCGGGACUAUAUGCUGAGCUGGAACGGCCGUCGUCGAGGCCAUCCUGGAUCCUAUAGCCCGUUGCUAUGGGUGAACCAGGAAUCGAGGCGGGCCACGCUGGUCUUCUACCGCGUGAAGUUGCCUUUCUUUGGGCUGCUUAGGGAGCAGGUCCUGUACCUUAACCCAGAGUACGAUGUUGUGUCGAUUCACCCCCGAUGGGACCAGGUCGGCAGCGCCGACUUUGACCCCCUUACUCUGCUAGCUGACCUGCUACACGAUGUCAAGGCUUAUGACCGCAUGGGCCAAGGCGUUGCGCACCUCGCACUGAACAAAGACUUCUUUUGGUUAAACAUGAUGGGAUUUGGUUCCUUACCUUUUCAACUGACCCCAGACGCGCUCCACCCGGUAGCCGCGGCAUCGUUUACCGACAUCCUCCGGCGGCGGCUGCGCUCCGUGCUCUUUGUCAUUCGUUUCCGGUCGUGUUACCGGGGCCUGGGCGAAUUCCCCGCGCGCCAGGGAUAUCAAUACCACUUCGCGCAGACUUUUCCCCUCGGCCGACGAAACCACCCGGCUGGGGCCUUCCACUGGCUCGACGCCGAUCCGCGGCCCGGCGUGGACAUCGACAUCCGCCAGCUGCCGCUCGGCGGGGACCCGCGCGUGCUCGGCCGCGGCUGGAAGCAGUUAGAGCAAGCCUUUGGAGUCACCAGACCUGCGCAGGACCAACAACAUGACGGGGAGGCGCGUGGCGAGGGCGGCAAUGCCGGGCUGCGCCUCUACGUCUGCCCUAGGGUCACCUGGCCCAAGUACGAGCGGGCGGACCUGCUUGCGCUGAACAUAGCGGCAACGCAGCCGCAGGAGGGGCACUCAGAAGAAGAGGACGAUGAGGAAGGGCCGCGGGCGGACCUAGCGAGACACCUCAGGUCCUUCCCAAACGACCCACUGGUGCCAGUGCCUAGACAUGGUGAUGUGGUGGAUGCCGAGAUGUUUGCGAGGAUGGAGCGGUUGCCGUGCACGGCCAUUGGCAUGUGGCUAUUCCCGGCCGAGGCAUUUAAUGAGCCGACCGUUCCGCACCGGUCCUGCUUUGACGCGUCGGCGGUUCGGCCAGGGUUGAUUCUGUUCGACCUUUGACGGGACCGGGGGUGAACUUCAAUGAUCGCGGGCAUAAGGCGGGAUGUAGGGCGCCAAGACACUGGACCGGACUUGCUCAAGUUGAAGCUUUGAGCGGUCAUCCCGACAUAAUGUGCGAAGGAGUUCCCUUGCUGCGUUGCCACGCUCAUGAUGUAAUUACUUCACUUUUUAAGUCUGAGACAUUCCUAGAAUCCCCUAGUUUUCUCCA